CGUGGCAUAAACCGCAUACACAUACGCAGCACAUGUACUCAGCCGACAUAACCAUAAAUAACACUCACGUUGCAUCUCUGCUUGUUUAGUUAGUUUAAAAACAACUUUCAACAAGUAUCAUCUUAAAAAACAGAAGCCCAACCACAAAAUGGACAAAGCCCUUCAAGGAUUUAAACCAAUUUACAUCCAAUUCUCUGUUGAUACAAAUCCAAAAACAAUGUUCAUGAAAGAACAUUCCACUAGAAACCAAUCCGAAGACAAACCACAUGGUAGAACAAUGUAUCUCCUCAAUGUACCUCCAUGGGCAGAUGAAUCAAGCAUCCAUAAAGCUUUCAACUCACAUUCAACAGUUCAAUCUGUCACAUUUACUAAAUUCAAAGACACAACACACACAGGUUUUAAAUGCUGCUACAUUAUAUUCAAAACAGAAAAAGAUUUAUACAAAGCAUUAAAUCUCAAAAAACUAGAACCAAUAUCAACAGAAAAAGAACCAAUAUUAAUGGGUAUAGAUAAAUAUGUCAAACAAUACAAUGAAGGUUUACUAAAUCAGCAUCAGCGAGAACAAAAUAUGUUGGAGAUUAUAAAAGCUUAUGAUGCUGAAGAAGUAAGAAAGAAAUCCAAGACUUUGGAGACUGAUGAUGAGGGAUGGACUGUUGUGACAAAGAAAGGUAGAAAUCCUGGGUUGUCUAGGAAGGAAUCAGUUGCUGAGAAAUUAAUGGCAAAGAAUAAAAAAGAUAAAGUUUUGAAGAAUUUCUAUAGGCAUCAAAUUAGACAAGCAAAGAAGGAUCAACUGGCUGCUUUGAGGAAGAAAGCAGAGGAAGAUAAGAAGAAAAUUUUGGCUUUGAAGCAAAGGAGAGCAUUUAAACCUUUUUGAAGUAAGGUAUUAUUAGGUUAAUGGUAUUUCUUGAUAGUUUUUUGACUAAACAUUGAUAAACGAUAAUAAUAAUCAAGAAAAUGAAUCAAAA